AUGCGAGAAACUUUUAACCCAAAAAGAGUUUAGUAACAGCAUUAGGCUAGAUAAAGUCACAAACUCUAUCAACAACGAAGUCAUAGUAGUAGCUGCUUUUACUCUGAAAACAAUAUCUCAGAAAAUGAUGAAGAUGGAGAUGGGUCCUCUUUUAUAUCCAGCAAGCAGGAGACACCAGAUUUGAAGCCUCACAAGUUAAAAUUUAAGCACGUUUAAAGAGAACCCUCAAUAUUCGACCCCGACUAAUCUGACUCACAAAUAUAACUAACCAAACAUUUGAUAUAGGUAUAAAAUAUGACGAUCGAUCAGCGAGAGAAAGUUUAUUUUGAGCAAUAAAACCCAAUAAAUAAACAAGGACUUAAGACUGAAUAUUACUACGACAAUAAUUAGUUAACAUUUAUGGGUUCUCAAAACUUGUCUCAUUAUGACUAAAAGCCUGAAGAUUAUGUAAUUACUUAGAAAAAUUAGGCAAGUUCUAUGGUCGAGACUUAAGAGAGUAUCAAUAAGUAGCAAUACUCAGACUAUAAUUAAACAAGAGCUAAUUCACACGUCCCUCCAAAUUUUAAUCCAAAAUAUCACAAAAUUAUAAAUGAAUCAAUCAUUAGCCAAACAUAGUAAACUUCCUCUGGUUAGAGUAAUAAUCAAACCAGAAACCAAUCAUCUUCAAUUAUGAUAGACUCACUGAGUCUAAUUUAGAAAAAUAGGGCCAACAUUUUAAAUGCAAGCAAUAAUUAAAGCAUUCGAGACACAAUUAUUUCUUCAUCCUAAAACCAGGAAUCUAUAAAUGUCCUCAACAAUAUUUCAAAUUCAUAGAAAAAUACUGCUCAUGUUUCAGAAGUUCCUACAGAAUAUAAAUCUAUUUCUGAUAUACAUGAAGUGUUGGAAAUACAAGAGACCAGCUUUGACUCUAGCAAUGAGAGAAGGUAAAUAGUAAAGAAUAGUAGAAGGCCUGAACAAAGUUUCAGAAUAUCGAUCACACCGUGCAUUAAAAAUGAGAUUCAAUCACACUCAUCAUUGAAAGUUAUUGGAAGAUAGUCUGUUAAAUCCGUGAGAAAAACCCCAUAAUUUAAAGGAAUGGGUAGUGUAUAGCAGAUUCACUCAACAAAAAACUCUAGCGCUAAGAAACCACUGAUCGGAAUGUAGAGAUACUGUGAAACAUAAGAGGAUAGUGUUAAUUCAAAACUAUAAGAGUCGAUCUCCUAAACUAGCCUCUAACCGGCUUAUCUUAAUACGACAGGCGUAGCACAUGAAUUACUAAUAAGAUCCUCAAAUACUCCAUUGGUAAUAACCUCAAAGGACAGACCUAAUGUUUAUCGUAUAAUCGGAAGAGAGUCAUCAAAGGAUCCACAAAGUAUGAAACAAUCUUAUAGAGGUGCUGAAUAAAAAUUAUCUGCAACACCUAAACAACAAACAUUUUAAAAUAAACCAUUGAUAGACUUGAACUAUAAUGGAAGGUAAAGUACUGGAGUUAAAAAUUUAAAGCAUUAGUUGGAUGAAUACUAGCAAAAAAAUUAACUGUUUCAAACUCAGAAUGUUAGAUACGGUAAAAACCUCAACUUAAAUCAAGCAAAUUAUGAUGCUAACAAUAGAAUUUUUGGAGGAGGAUUCAUGACUGCUAAUUAAUCUCCAAAGUCAUUUUUUGAAGGAUCUUAUAAUCAAAAUAUUUACGAUAAUAAUACAUCCUUAAGGCUGAAAACCCUUGAUUAAUAAAAAUAGGAUUUCCAAGAGAAACUUAGGGCUAAGCAAAAUUUGAUUUUCUAGCCAUAAUAUCAAUAAUGUGGAUUCAAUAAUGACGAUGAACAGUAAUUUCAAAGACUUAAUACUGAUAGUAUUUAUCACCAGCAGUAGUAUAAACUUAACUUGUAAAAAGCAAAUUAUAUAAAAAGUAACAUACCUGCUCCUAAGAAAUUAGUACCUUUACCAAACUUGAAGCCUGAAUUCAUAAACUAAAAUGAUUUGAAUGAGGGCAUUAUAUAUACUUAAGGAGGUAUAGGAUACUAGUAAAGACAUAUAAAUAAACAUGCAGUUAGAUUCGAAGAUCAGUCGGAAGAUUUUAGUGAUUAAAAUAUGCAGAAAAAUGUCAAUUUGAGGGCAAGAAAGUCUAACAAAAAUGAUGUUAGCUUAUAACUUUAGCAAUAAAUCUACUUUUAAACUGACCCAUAAAGUAUGAUAAAUCCAAGAACCAAAAGUAAGUUGCUUGAUGAAAUCACUUAGAGAGAAAAAUAUUUAAGAGCACUAAAAUAAAUGCAAUUGGGGAACGGUUAUGAAGAACCCGAUAUUUCGGAUCAUGAAAAUGAUCACUAAGAUGAGCCUGAUCAUGAAAAUUAGAAUGAUCAUUAUUAACCUCCACAAAUUUUCCUGACAUAAGAACGAGAUUCAAAUUCAUCUGGGUUGAUGAGCAGAUCCUAAACAUUUGAAAAAUAGUAAUAAAGCAAGUAGAGAUAAACAACCAGUAACAAAUCAAGCAGUCAAUCUAAAAGAAAGUAAAGCUUAAACUAUGGUAAAAACAUUGAAAGUAAGAAGCAAUUAGACAACUUAAAUGAAGAUUCUAGAUGCAUUAUUAUGUGA